GGCUUCGGGGCCACUGAUGACGCACUACCGGCCGCGCCACUGCUUUUCCGGCCGGGGAGGGUGAGCCUGCGCCCUGGGUUUCCGUGUACCUUCGGGACCGUGGUCGCCGCCCCGCGGGGAGCCCGCGGACAUCACGGGCUCCCAGUUUUCCAACCUUGAAGUCUUUUACAAUCAAAGCAAAGAGAAGAUUUGUGGAUGUUGAAUAUGCAAGGAGCUGAAGAGAGAGAGAUUGAAAGAGAGAUUUGUCCAGGUUGGGUGAAUAAGCCUGCUCCAGAGCAGGAUGGCUCUGAAAUUGAUUUGCCAGGGAUAGCAUCAAAGAGAUCCCAAGAAGAUGAAUACCAGGAUUCUACAUUUGAAGAAAAAUAUAUAUGUGAGAGCAUGAAGGAAAACCCUCCAAGAGAGGUUCCUGGACCAUGCCUUUUCCAAGAAGGUUUUGGGGGAAUAACUUUUAUCCACAAAGAAGCACCUCCAGAAAUGAUUAGUCAAGAAUACAAUUUUGAGAGAAGCCUGCUUUUGACCUCAAGUCUUGUUACACAUCUCAGGGUUUCUACAGAAGAGAGCCUACAUCAGUGGGAGACAAGUAGCAUACACUCCAAUGAAACUUCAGACCAAAGUAAAUGUCCGACCCUCUCUACACACAAAAAAACUUGGAAAUGUAGCGAUUGUGGAAAAACUUUUACUCAGAGCUCAUCCUUUACCCAGCAUCAGAGAACUCAUACGAGACCCUACACAUGUGAGGAAUGUGGGAAAACUUUUACUCGUAGCUCAUUCCUUGUUCGACAUCAAAGAAUUCAUACUGGAGUGAAACCAUAUGGAUGUGAGCAGUGUGGGAAAACAUUUCGAUGUCGAUCAUUUCUUACUCAGCAUCAGAGAAUCCACACUGGAGAGAAACCGUAUAAAUGUAAUGAAUGUGGGAAUUCCUUCCGCAAUCACUCACAUCUCACUGAACACCAGAGAAUUCACACUGGAGAGAAACCUUAUAAAUGUAAUAGAUGUGGGAAGGCAUUCAGUCAGAACACACACCUCAUUCAUCAUCAGAGAAUUCACACUGGUGAGAAACCUUAUUUAUGCAACGAAUGUGGCUCUUCUUUUCGCAAACACUCAAAUCUUACACAACAUCAAAGAAUUCAUACUGGGGAAAAACCCUAUAGAUGUGAUGAAUGUGGGAAAACUUUCCAUACAAAGGCAAACCUCUCUCAGCAUCAGAGAAUUCAUACUGGAGAGAAACCCUAUAAAUGUAAGGAAUGUGGGAAAGCAUUUUGUCAGAGCCCAUCCCUUAUUAAACACCAGAGAAUUCAUACUGGAGAAAAACCCUAUAAGUGUAAGGAAUGUGGCAAAGCUUUUGCUCAGAGCACCCCACUCACUAAACAUCAGAGAAUUCAUACAGGGGAAAGACCCUACAAAUGCAGUGAAUGUGGUAAAGCUUUCAUUCAGAGCAUUUGCCUUAUUCGGCAUCAGAGAAGUCACACCGGAGAAAAACCCUAUAAAUGCAAUGAAUGUGGGAAGGGCUUCAACCAGAAUACUUGCCUCACUCAGCAUAAGAGAAUUCAUACUGGAGAGAAGCCCUAUAAAUGUCAAGAAUGUGGGAAAGCCUUUGCUCACAACACAUCUCUUACUGAACAUCACAGAACUCACACAGGUGAGAAGCUCUAUAAAUGCAGUGAGUGUGAGAAAACCUUCCGCAAGUAUGCACACCUUAGUGAACAUUACAGGAUUCACACGGGUGAGAAGCCUUAUGAGUGCAUUGAAUGUGGGAAAUUCUUCAGACACAGUUCAGUCCUUUUCAGACAUCAGAAACUUCACAGUGGUGAAUAACCCUGGCACUCAGGUUAUGACAGUUUCUCUAGAGAGUGACCAGGAAUCUGGCUGAGGGGAGAGGGACAGGAAGAGUUCCUAGAGGGAAAGAUAAAGAAGCCUUGGCUACUGUACUCCAGAAGGGUAUUUCCAGAAGUGGAGGUGGGAGCUUGGAGAAUGCAGAGCCUACUCCAGCUGGACAUCUGGGAAUACAGGGUAGGAAAGAAGUUUCUGCUUUUCAGAGGAAUUGUUGCUCUUUGCCAUUGCUUUCCCAUGGCACUCUCAUACCUAGAGGUGCCAUUUGUUACCAGUGUUUCCCUUAUUACACCCCUGCUUCACCUUCCCAACUUGUCACCUGUGUUCAUUGGUCACUAGGCUGAGGUGCUUUUCCAAACUGAUUGUCACUGUGAAAGUGGCAGCAGUUCUGAGGUAGUUCUGCAUAGUCUCCAGAUGCCUGAGGCAGCUCUGACCAUGCUACCGUGGGGAGGCUGUCCAUCUGUGGAAGUGUUGCCAUGAAGGGGAGGCAUACACAAGUGAAAACAGAAUCCUUAUUCAUUCAUUUAUUCAACAAAUAAGGGGAUAUGUGGCAAGAACUGGGCUGAUGGCUACAGAAAAGUUGGUGAAGAAGGCUUUUAUCAGGGUGAGGAAAAGCUUUCCUGAUCCUUUCAUGUUGGAGGGUGACUUGGGGCUAAGAAGGAAAUAAGAAAUCAAGAGACUUCUCUUGAAUGAUGUUGGUUUGUGGGAAGGAAGUCAGAUCUGUUCAGAAGGUCACGGAGAGGAAGACGUAACCUCUGUCCCAGAGGAAUAUUGGCUUACCCAGAAAGAAAAUGGUUUAUGCUAGGUUUCUAGUGGUAAGAAUCUCAGAGCAGGAAGCCUGCCUGUGACUCAAGUCACCCACAUAUCCUUGUCCUGGACUAGGGUGUAUGUACACCUGUCUCUUGUAAGUUUGGCUGGGCCACUAAUGCACAGGGACCAGGACAGGGGGCCCACUAGGAUUAACAAAGUAGGACUUGGUUUGUUAGCCUUGAGAGGGGAGAAAGCAUUAGUGAUGAAGUGGUCACCAUAGUGGGGAGGGCUAGGUUUUGUGUAAUCGUGGCAUUGGUGGCUAUACCCAUAGAGUCAUUAGAGCUCAGGUGUUUCUGUUUUUAUUGGGAUUCUUAUUCCAGGAUAUUUAUCAUUCCCCUCAGAGUGGAGCAUCUAGGGAAACACCUCUCAUGGGAUGAAUUUGGAAAGAAUUCUAGAGAGAAUUACCUCUUUUUCAAAUUCCUGACAAUCAAGAUAAUACAGUUUGCCAUGACUGUAAUGGUAUUUUAUUUUGAGGGGAAGAAAGAGCACGUUUCGCUUUCAUUUCCCCCAUUCUCUUUCAUGUUCUUGACUGCUACCCAGAGAUUCAGCUCUGGAAGAUUGAGGAUAGCCUUUGACUAAUAUUUGAAAUAGUUUCUAUGCUCUGAAGCUUAUAUAGUUUUAAAAGUGUGACUAUUAAACACAACUAAAGUAAGUUAAUUCUGGAAUGGUUAUUUGGAACUCAGCAUCAAUUUUUUUCCCCAGAGCAAGUCUUUUACAAGCAUUGGUUUGAGCAGUUAAUUACCAAUAAUGGGAAUGUGGCAAAAAUAACAUACUUUUCCCUCUCCAGCUAUAAAGACUAUGUUCUCAAACCUGCAAUAGGGCAGUUCAUAAUUGAGUAAAUUAAUAUCUUAUGGGAAAAAUAACCCUAUGAAAACUUUAUAUUUUAUGCUCAUGGAAAAAAAUAUAUAGUCUACUGAAAGCAAAUGUCAAUGUAUUUUUUUUCUAAAUGAAAAAAAAAAAACCCACUAAAGAAUUCAUUUCUAGCGCAUAGUAAAUGUUCAAUAAAUAUUUGUGGUAAUAAUAUAUUUUAAUGAAACUUUGCCUACCAAAAACUUUAGGAACUUCCUGAUAUUUAGAGUAAUAUUUAUAUGCUACUAUCUUUGGAGUCUUGAGUGGAAAUUAGAGAGGAAAGGGAGAAUUUUCUUGAGGAAGAAAUGGGAAAACCUUAAGCAUGAAAGAUGUCUAAGUUGUUAGAUUUUCGAAAAUAGAAUGGAGAAAAUGGAUUAAAUGGAGUUUUUAAUCCUCAGGCUAAGAGAGUCUCGUACUAUUUUUACUUCCUGGGGAAACAAAAGAAAAGGAACUCAUUAUCUUUACCCUCAUCCCAUAUUCUCAUACUUGCAAAUAUUUGCUCCUGGUUUUCUUUUAAUUGCUGGCCCAUCAUGUGCCUAGUCACUCCAGCUUGGCCCCACGUCUAGGAAUUGUCCUCUUCCUCAGCCUUCCCUCGUUAUAUCCAUUCAGCCACUAUGUCCUGUUGACAUGAUAUCCUAAAUCUGGAAGCCAUCUCCACUGCUGCUGCUUUAUUCCAACUCCUUGGUUAAUUUCCUAGGCUAUUUUUCUGUUUUUCCAGCCAGUCUUGCAGUUUCUUGCCCUACUAGGCCAUCUUUCAUGUUUCUUCUGGAUGGUCUUUGCAAGACACAAUCAUGGCAGCUCUGUUGUUCUCUCUCUGAAUAGAGUACUAGCCUCAAGGGGCACCUCAGUCUCCUCAUCUGGCCCAGGCCUGCUUGACCAUUCUCAGAGGACAUACCUUGCAUGUUCUGUUCCGUGGUGCAAAUUCCUGUGACUCAUCAUCAUCAUUGGACUCUACUUUGGCACCUGUUCCCUACUUCCCUUCCCUGCUUCUGCUUGCCUGGGAGGCUCCCGUUUGUCACUUAUGAAUGUGCUCAGGCAACAUCUCUUCAAAGCUGUCUCUGACUUCAUGUAUUUUUAUUAUUUCUGUAUUUUGUAACGUCAUUUUAUGUAUCAUGUUAAGUUGUAAUGGCUAGUUUACAAAUCUUUCUCUUCCCACUGAGCUGUCAGCUCCAUCAGGGCAGGAGACGUGAAAUUCAUCUUUGUAUCCACAGUCUCUGGCAUUUAGUAGGUGCUCAAUAAAUAUCUGUCGAGCUCAGCUAAAAU